CCUUCUCUCUCUAAAAUCAAGGGAACAGAACCCCAUUGCUUCGCCUCCUAUUUUCAUCCUUAUUUGAAAAAAAAAAUAGAAAAAAGAAAAACCCUAAUUUAUCUAUAUAUUUAUUUUCUUCUCUGCUUCUGUGUGUGUUUUAAAGCCGUAAUUUCAGUAAUUUUAUAUUUAUAUUUUUAAUUAGAGAGGGGCGUGGACGAUCUCUAAUUCUCCUAAAUCACACAAAUUUUUUUCAAAAUCUCUUCUCACUAUGGCCUUUCACGUAGCUUGCCCAAUUACAUGUCGCCGAAUCUGCUAUUGCACGCUAGGGUUUCCGCGAGAUCUCCAGGGGGCGAAGGGGAAGACCGGCUUCUUGGACGAGGUUUCGAGAAUCGAGGAGUUCCUGAGGGAUCCUUGGGGAAUUAGGGCUUUGAGGGAGGGUACUGUUCAGGUCUCGGUCCCUAAGGUUGAGCCAGUUGUCGUGCCUGCUGCUGCUCCGAUUGGUGUUUUGAAUGGAGCUGCUGGAGGGGGUGAUGCUGCAGAGGAGGCAGCGUCAGCGCAGCACAAGCGUGUGGCGUUGCAGAGGAAAGCUGCAGCUACAAUGGUGGCUGCCGAGGAUUAUGCCAGGCGGUUUGAGGCUGGUGAUAUUGCGGUUGCCUCAAAAGAUGCUGCUGUGGAUGAGCAGAGCCACUCCAGCAUCAACGUGAUGUGUCGGAUAUGCUUCUUGGGGGAAACUGAAGGAAGUGAAAGGGCAAAGAAGAUGCUUUCAUGCAAAAGUUGUGGCAAGAAGUACCAUAGAAGCUGCUUGAAAGCUUGGGCGCAAAAUAGAGAUUUAUUUCACUGGAGUUCAUGGAGCUGCCCAUCAUGCCGAAUCUGCGAGGUAUGUCGCAGAACUGGGGAUCCAAAUAAGUUUGUGUUCUGCAAAAGGUGUGAUGGUGCCUACCAUUGUUAUUGCCAGCAUCCUCCACACAAGAAUGUGAGUUCUGGGCCCUAUUUGUGCCCAAAACAUACAAGGUGUCACAGCUGUGGAUCCAAUGUACCUGGGAAUGGCUUAAGUGUGAGGUGGUUUUUAGGAUACACUUGUUGCGAUGCUUGUGGAAGACUCUUUGUGAAAGGAAACUAUUGCCCUGUUUGUUUGAAGGUUUAUAGAGAUUCAGAGUCAACACCAAUGGUCUGCUGUGAUGUUUGCCAGCGAUGGGUGCACUGCCACUGUGAUGGCAUCAGUGAUGAGAAAUAUUUGCAGUUUCAAGUGGAUGGAAAUCUCCAGUACAAAUGUUCUACAUGUCGUGGGGAGUGCUAUCAGGUUAAGGAUCUUGAGGAUGCUGUUCAAGAGCUUUGGAGGAGACGAGAUAUAGCAGAUCGAGAUUUGACUGCUAGCCUGAGGGCUUCUGCUGGGUUGCCAACUCAAGAGGAAAUAUUUUCUAUUUCUCCUUAUUCAGAUGAUGAAGACAAUGGUCCUGAUCUGCUGAAGAACGAAUUUGGCCGUUCAAUAAAGGUCUCUCUUAAAGGAUUGGUUGAUAAGUCACCUAAGAAGAAUAAGGAAUUUGGGAAGAAAUCAAGUAAAAUGUCUGCCAAGAGAAAAGGUUAUGAGGAAUCCUUAGUAAGUAAAAUGGAGCCACGCCAGAGAUUUGGAGGACAGAAUGAUACCCAUUCUUUUAGACAUAGUAUGGGUGAUGAUAAGAACAACAAUGUGCAGUCUCACCAAAGUAGAUCAGAUGUACGUUCUUCUCCCAUUGCUGGAAUGGCAAGCCGCUCCGAAGGAAUCUGCAUCAAUCAGCCGGUUGUUUUGAAACAGAAAUUUGUCAAUGAGGUGAUGGUGAAUGAUGAGGAUAGGACAUCCAGAAUUGUCAAGAUCAAGAGCAACAAACCUCUUAGUACAGAUACUGAGGAUGAUGCUGGAAGACUGGAUGGAGAGUUGAAGACUGUGAAGAAGAAGAAAUUAGUUAUAAAUCUCGGUCCACGGAAGAUUAAUGUUACUAACUCUCCAAGGUCUGAUGCUUCAAGUUGUCAAAGAGAACAAGAUUUAGUGAUUGCCAAUGACAGCGAAGAUACGGGACGCCAGAGAAUGAACGAAAAGUUUCUGGUGGAUAGAGAUGAAGGCACUACUAAGUUUGGCAAUGGAGACAAGAUUGAUUACUCUGGCCAAGUUAAAGGCUUGAAGUUUUCUGGCAGAGAAGGGAAUUUGAUAAAGUUUGGAAAAUUAAGGUCUGAAGGAUCUGACUUGAACCCCAAAUCCGGCAGAGGGAUUGCUGAUGGAUGUGAAGCAAAUUCCUCAGAGCACACACAUACUUCAUCAGCGAAAAGAAGCAUUGAAGGAAGUAGGGUUGCAGUUGUUCCUGCUGCUGAAUCUGCCACAUUAAGAAGUGACAAGGCGUUCACUGGGAAGCAAUAUGAGCGCAGACCCGAAAGACAUGUUGAAAGCAAUGAUGGUCGUGGUGAUACAACUGUUUCACAUGCUUUGCCUAAAGAUCCUAAACCUUUGCUGAGGUUCAAAUUUAAGAAACCUAAUCUUGAAAAUCAAAAUUCUUGGACUUCUAACCCUGAGGAAGAGAAGAGCCUGAUUAAGGGCCAACGAUCAAAACGAAAGAGACCAUCCUGUUCUGUGGAUAAAGCUUGUGUUAAUGUAGAUGAGGAUGUUCAGCAAUUGCAUCCUGGCAGUCUAAUGGAAGAGAUGAUGGAUGCUAAUUGGAUACUAAAAAAGUUGGGUCGAGAUGCAAUCGGAAAAAGAGUGGAGGUUAAUCAACCGUCUGAUAAUUCAUGGCAUAAGGGAACUGUCACAGACAGCAAUGAAGGCACAUCGAUAUCUGUUACUCUUGAUGAUGGUAGAGUGAAGACUCUGGAACUCGGGAAGCAAGGGGUUCGCUUUGUUCCUCAAAAGCAGAAGAGGUCAAAAGCAUGAAGACUGGAUGAAGUUGGGAGGGUUACCUCUUUUGGAGACUUUCUUCCUUAUUAGAGGUGAAGGUAGAUCUCCAUUCCCCAAGGGCAGAACAACAUUCAAGUCCAUCUUUCUGGUGUUAUAGCUGUUGAUAUCUCAUUGAAGUAUUCUUCUUGAGGCGAUCAAUCUUCUCCUCUGAAGAACUAUCUUAUCCAAGGAGGAAUUAUUCCAAAGGAAUGUCUUCAUUUUUCUUUCCUUCACACCUUCCCCCCUUUUAUUCCAAUACAACUUUGAUUCAAAACUGUGGCUCCCUUGUCCUGUCCCAUCAAAGUUUCACUCUGUUGUAGCAAAGUGGAAAACUAACAUUUUAUGUCUUUGGCUUGUUAUUGAGUAGGCAGAGGACCUUUAUUAGCAAUCUAGCCAGUUACUGAAAUCCUUUCUUUCUAGGACAGUCGAUUGAUCAUGUUUGUGUUACAAAUGCUUUGAUUGAAGCACUGGGAAGUUCAUUGAAGCUUUGUUAUUGAUUUAUUGUCAUGUUUACAGCA